AUGGGCAACUCGGGUAGCAAGAACAAGGUCUCGGAUCAGGACAGAGCCAUCCUCGAUCUCAAGAUCCAAAGAGAUAAGCUACAUCAGUACCAGAAACGAAUCACGACGAUCACAAGUCGAGAGACUGAGAUUGCGAAAGAAUGUCUUCGAUCUGGAAAUAAGCAGAAAGCACUGCUUGCUUUGCGAAGGAAGAAAUACCAGGAGUCUCUUCUUGCCAAAACAGAUCAGCAGCUAGCACAAUUGCAAGCACUUACGAGUGAUGUGGAGUUCGCCUUAGUACAAAAAGAUGUGCUGUUUGGACUUCAGCAGGGUACAGCUGUGCUGAAAGAAAUACACAAAGAGAUGGGAGGCUUGGACAAAGUCGAGAUGAUCUUGGAAGAGAGUGCGGAGGCUCAAGCAUAUCAGAAGGAAAUCAACGAUAUGCUUGCUGGCAAGAUGUCGAAUGAGGAUGAGGAUGAAGUGGAGGAUGAACUUGAAGCCAUGGAGCAGGAAGCGCUCAGAGCACAAGGAGUACAAAACUUGCCUGACGCACCGAGAAUUACCACUGGCGAGCUACCUGACGCUCCUCAAGAAUCGCCGGCAGAGAAAAUCAAGAGAAGGCGAGAA